CUGCGAUGCAUACCCCAGGCUUUUUGCUGCCAUUGAGGAGAGAACAAGUCCUGGUCAUUUUCUUGCUCUGCCUUGACUUCUCUCGCUGCGCUCCAGAGUAGGAAAUCCCGCCUUCUGGAUUUUCCUUGCGCAUCUGUAACCACCUAACCUGAUGCAAGUUAGACGGAAUUUCCAAAGGCGCCCACGCGGGAGCGGGGGAAGGUGGCGGGCGUGGUAACUUCGCUUUUCCCCUCCUCUUCCUCCUCCUCCCUGCUUUAUAACCCUGGGUGCUCUCUAGAAAAUUAGAAACCGCGCUGCAGCCAGCCCAGGGAGAGGGACAGAGAGAGAGGAAGAGGAACCAUCCCGUCAUCCAAAGUCAACUAGAAUCUGCUGUAAGUCCUUCUUGCCCCGCUCCCCAACUCCUGAUCUCAGGGCUGGGUCCUUCUCUCCCUCCACGUGGCUGAUCUCAGACCGCCUUAAGGGGGUCGCUAGCCCCUCUUCCCCUCGCUGGUCGACUUCUUGACCCGCCUGCCUUGCGCUCUGCUGGGAACCCGGGAGCUUACUGUAAACUGAGCUCUCCGCGUGGUCUUGUGAAACAACAAACUCUCCAAGUGAGUCCAGCCAGGACUUGUUAUUUUUCGCCCCUCUGGCUGAUGCCCCCCGAUGAACUGAUGCCCUUCUAACUGCAGCCUUCACAGGCUCAUCCAAAAUUUGCCCCUGGAGCUCCCGGAAGAGGGAAGAGGGUGGCUGGUGUAAAGAGUGUUGUGUCACUUCGUUGCAGCAACAAUGUGUGAAAAUUAAGUUAAGCCGGGCAGGGCUGGGUUUGGCAAGGUCUGUGGUGGUUUGCUGUGGAAGCCUAACCGUGUCUACUCAGAAGUAAAGCCCACUGAAUUCAGUGGGGCUUACUCCCAGGUAAGUGAGCUUAGACUUGCAACUGUAGGCAGUGAUGGUCACAGCUUUGUUGUUGUUGUUGUUUAGUCGUUUAAGAGCACGCCAGGCACUCCUGUCUUCCAUUGCCUCCCACAGUUUGGUCAAACUGAAGCUGGGAGCUUCAAGAACACUAUCCAACCAUCUCAUCCUCUGUCGUCCCCUUCUCCUUGUGCCCUCCAUCUUUCCCAGCAUCAGGAUCUUUUCCAGGGAGUCUUCUCUUCUCAUGAUGUGGCCAAAGUAUUGGAGCCUCAGCUUCAGGAUCUGUCCUUCCAGUGAGCCCUCAGGGCUGAUUUCCUUCAGAAUGGAUAGGUUUGAUCUUCUUGCAUUCAUGGGACUCUCAAAAGUCUCCUCCAGCACAGCUAGAUGCUGCUUUGUAUGUGUGACUCGGGCAGCUUGGAGCGGAGGACCUGUGACCCUCUUGAUGUUGAACACCCAUCAGCCCCAACCAGCAUGGUCAGUGGGGGAUGGUGGGAGUUGUAGUCCAGUUACAUCAAGCGGGACACAGGUUUCCUACCCAUGGUGUAGCUAUUGCACCCUGCAAACCAGAUGUUGGUGCAUCUGGAUCUGGCAUACAGCUCCUGAUUAUGGGACUCUGGUGGGACCUAAACUUUGAGAUCCAUUGACUAGCAUUUCUGGGUUAGACUGUAACUCAUGUCAGCAGAGCAUGAGACUCUUGAUCUCAGGGUCAAAGGUCCCUCCAUUGCAGGGGGGGUUGGACAAGAUGACCCUCGUGGUCCCUUGCAGCUCUACAAUUCUAUGAUUCUGUGAUCCAAAUUGGAACUCCUGCUCAACUCAGAAUUGCACAGAAUAGACAAGGGCACAGAGAAGUUUCCAUGCAGUCUUUGAGCUUGUCUCACACUGUUGACCCUAGUUCACACUAAUGUCAAAUACUGUACCUCUUUCACAUGUGACACGGACAAGCACAUGUGAGACUCUCGCAUGCUCUGUGUGUGGAUCGUGUGACUGCAAUGUUGAAUGUGGAAUUCUGUAGUCUCAGUGAUCCUAAGCAUACUUACUCACAAGCAGACCUGGCCAAUGUUUUAUGUUUGCAUUACUUUAUUUAGUGUAAGCGAAGAGCAGUUUAAGCCUAUCAGGAAAAUGACUCAACAACAGGGAGUUUCUGCUAUUGCACAGGCUUCAAAAAACAUAAUCUGCCUCAGCUCUUCCAAGCAAACCCGACAAAAAGACCUUGGGAGUCAUUGUUUUGCACUUGUUGAGAAGGAAAGGUUACUAAGAAAGAAAAAGUUGCACCCUUUGAAUCCGGUUUGCUCACAGGAGAAGAGAGUGGGCUGGCAUGCUUCUCUCAAUACAUGGCCGGGUCUCAGGAGCCUCUGAUGCCUUGCUAAAAUAAAUGCAAAGCACUCAAAAGAAAACGCUGUUAAUAGCUUUGGAUUUACUAAUCCGACAACCUAACCAAAGUAAUAAGAGUCAAGCACAGUAUAGUGCCUUUCCUGUUCCUAAAAAGCUCUUAUGUAAAUGGUGCAUUCAUUUCAUGACUUGGAAAUCAAAAGUGCUUUAUCGCACUCAUGUCCUGCUUGUGGAUUUCCUACUGUCAACUGGCUAGCCACUGUGAGAGCAGGAUGAGGGACUUCCAGAGAAGCAAUCAUAUUGGGAGGGGGGUGGAAUCUGGAUGGCGGUCUGUAUUCAGUAGUUGCAAGGUUCCUUUUCUGAGCAGGGAUUCUGUGGUUGCAAGAGUCUCACACUAAGCAAGGAGUUUGACUACAUGACCCCCUAGAUUUGCAGUGUCCAACUGGGUGAUUGUGUGUGCUCCUACUUUUUAUACUCUUUACCAUGCAUAUUAUAUGCUCAGAACCCUUUGAGUUCAAUGCAUCUCACUCCCAAGGAACUGUGAAUAAAACUGUAUUGCAGCCUGGAUUAUCUUAAAUCUGCAAUUGUACAGUGGUACCUCAGGUUACAUACGCUUCAGGUUAGACUCCGCUAACCCAGAAAUAGUGCUUCAGGUUAAGAACUUUGCUUCAGGAUAAGAACAGAAAUCUUGCUCUGGCGGCGUGGCAGCAGCGGGAGGCCCCAUUAGCUAAAGUGGUGCUUCAGGUUAAGAACAGUUUCAGGUUAAGAACGGACCUCUGGAACGAAUUAAGUACUUAACCCGAGGUACCACUGUAUAAGCAAAAGGCAUUUCCUUUUCAGUUUAGGAAAGUAAAUGCCGCCGGCUGUUUGCCUCAGAAAAGUUCCGUCUGUAAUCAAAUAAGUUGUCCCUAAUCCAAAACAGAUGACUCGCAUGAGCAAAGGUUUUGGAAUGGGAGCAAUGGUGGGAUUGAAACAUGAUUUAGGGGAAAACGGAAAACGAAACUGAAAGGAGCAGCACUGGAAAAAGUAUACUGUAUACUGUUAACAUAUCAUAGCAGGUGCCACGCUGGGCUCUUUUGGGAGGAAGAGCAGUCGACACAUGAGAUAAUGAUAAUAAAUAAAUUUAAUUGUACACUUAGCAUGUACAAUUUAGGAAUUCUACGGUGUGCCAUUGGGAAACCUGAUUUUAUUCUGAUUCAAAUCAACUGCUCCCUUCCUUUUUUAUAAUGAUGUGUUUGCAAACUUUAAAUCAGUGUGACGUAGUGGUUAAGAGCGGUAGACUCGUAAUCUGGUGAACCGGGUUCACGUCUCUGCUCCUCCACAUGCAGCUGCUGGGUGACCUUGGGCUAGUCACACUUCUCUGAAGUCUCUCAACCUCACUCACCUCACAGAGUGUUUGCUGUGGGGGAGGAAGGGAAAGGAGAAUGUUAGCCGCUCUGAGACUUCUUCGGGUAGUGAUAAAUCCAUAUCAAAUCCAAUUUGAUAUCAAAUCCAAACUCUUCUCUUCAUCAAGGCAAUGCAAAGAUUUUUAAACUAACACACUGUACAUAAUCCUCUAAUAUAAACAUGAAGUUUAAUCAAGCAGCAGGUGGUAUAUUUAGUUGUCCAUAGACAUGCUUACAUGCAUCGUUGUUUAGGAAAUAGACGGUGUGCCAUUGGGGGAACUUGAUAAUACUCAAAUGUUCAAAUCUGCUCCCCCCUUUUUUUCAUGAUGGUUUUUUAAAAGUAAAUUGCUGUUUUGAAUUGCCUUGAUUUAAAGUUUUCAAACCAACUCACCCUGCUUUACAAGGUCCCCAUGCAUAAUCCUCUACUAAAAAACGCUGAGAUUCCUGCAUUGAGGGGGGUUCAGCUAGACGAUCCUCAGGGUCCCUUCCAACUCUACAAUCAUAUUAUUCUGUGAUUCUACCAAGUAAUAAUAAAUAUCAUGUGAAACUUUUUUUUUAAAGUUUUUUUUAAAAAAAAGGAAUUCUGGAGUGCAGUUUAACAAAGGGAGAAUUGCAUGGUUUCCUCUAUCCUUCUUGGGCAACAGAAACUUGGAAAAUUAUAUAGCCAUUGUUUCCGAAAUAUAAUUAGUGCUGCAUCAAAGAUGUAUCCCUCCCUUGAGACGCCUGUCUAGCUUCCGUGUCACCACUAAAAUAAACAAGAGAGUUUGCCUGUUUAAAACACAUUAUUCCAGAAACCAUGCCAUGUGACCGUUCCAGUGGCAAGGCUGCUGUCACUCACAUGUCCCUGAAUCAUUUCUUCUUCUUCUUCUUCUUCUUCAAGUAAUUGAACACUUUUUCCACUUCACUGGAAAAUCUCAAAAGAGUAAAAGAAAGAAAGAAAAACAAACUCUGCUGAAGUCAGCGACAAAUGUUCCAUUGGGACCAAUGAAAUCAGUUGGUGCUCACUGUGAUUUUUCCAUGAAUUAAUGUGGGGGAGAUUAUGGGCAUCAUCAUUGUACAGAUGGACUUUCUCUUCCUCUCUCCCCCCCUACCCCACAUGCAGCCCCCACUAUCAAACUGUUCCAGAGCAUGUUUUUUUUAGGGGUCAAGGGAACUGCAGAGAAGGGGAAACCCAUUCUGCUAAUAAUGGCGUCCAUUCCACUGGCAGACCCAAAAGUAUUUUGCACAAAAAACUCAAGUGGAAAGGGUAGCCUUAUCUCACACUUCACAGUCCUCUCUAUCUGAAGGGCUACCUGGUCCAUGUGCGGUUUAAAGAUAAAGAAUCGUGGGGAGGGAGAGCAGAUGGGCUUUGGAGUUGGGUACCAAACUGGGCACGUACACAGCUCAGUUGGCCACACUCUUCUCCAAUAUGAUAAGAUGUGUUCCUAUUUCCAUGUUAAUAAUUACUUCGAAAUUUACAUCUAUAUACAGUGGUACCUCUGGUUAAGAACUUAAUUCAUUCUGGAGGUCCGUUCUUAACCUGAAACUGUUCUUAACCUGAGCUACCACUUUAGCUAAUGGGGCCUCCUGCUGCUGCACGAUUUCUGUUCUCAUCCUGACCAAAGUUCUUAACCUGAGGUACUAUUUCUGGGUUAGCGGAGUCUGUAACCUGAAGCAUCUGUAACCCAAGGUACCACUGUACAUAUAAGUUAGGGACGCAAGUGGCGCUGUGGGUUAAACCACAGAGCCUAGGGCUUGCCGAUCAGAGGGUCGGGGGUUCGAAUCCCCACGAUGGGGUGAGCUCCUGUUGUUCGCUGCAACCCCAGAGUUGUCCGUGACUGGACCUAAAGGUCAGGGGUCCCUUUUCCUUUACAUAUAAGUUAGUGUGUACCGAUUCCUUGUGUGUGUAGAUCUGUGUUCUCUUUGGCACUAUAUCUUGGUGACACAUUCCCUAGGAGUCAAUGGCUACCCUAGGAGAUGAGGAGACCUCCCCUUUUGUGGCGUGUAUCUGUUGUUGAGUAAGGACAAGCCAUUACAUUUAUUUUUGCUGUAGGGGUUCUCUUGUGUGUGCUUGGCUCUGUACAGGCUAUGCACUUAAAGUACAUUCUCUCUCCCCACCCUGUUCCCCCAAGAAUCAUGGGAACUGUAGUUUGUUAAAGGCGCUUAGAAUCAUAGUUUUAUGGAGGGUAAAUUACAGUUAUCAGGAUUCCUUGGUGGGGGAAUAGGCUUUAAGUUUACGGUGAACCUCUAGCAACAUAGCACCUCCUCGUUAAAGGGUCCCUUGUGCUUUCCACACACCGAUUUGCACUGUGUUCUCUUUAAUAUAAUUCAUUAAUGCUUCCUGAAUAUUUUCCUUAGCUUAGUUGGGUGGAGAGCAGUGAUGGCCAAACCAUCAAUCUGGGUGGAAGCUGGCAUGCUCCAUUAAUAUAAAACAAGACCACACUGGGACACAGUCUGUUAUUUUAAAGUUCUGAAUACCUGAAGAGGAUACCAUCCUUCUAACCUUGGAUGUUGCUAAAAUAAAAUGUAUCCUUGACUGCCAAGAGUGCAACAUGAAAUGUGAAACUAAGAUCCAGACACCCCUUAGUCCCAACUGCUGUAGAAGUCUAAUUAAUUUUAAUUUGUUAUUGUAUGAGUCUCAUUCUACUCUAGGUACACAGGUGUGCUAUUUUUUUCUCUUUUGAUAAUAGAUUUUCAGUGUUAACCUCAAGGCGUUCCGAUUAAGACCAUCUCCAAUUACUGUAUUUUUCACUCUAUAAGACACACCUGACCAUAAGACGCACCUAGUUUUUAGAGGAGGAAAACAAGAAAGAAAAUAUUCUGAAUCAAAUGUUGUUGAAGAGGCUUUGCGUGGCUAUCCCUAAAGCCAGGAGAGCAAGCGGGAUCGCUGCACAGCAAUCCCUCUUGCUGUUCUGGCUUCUGGGAUAGCUGCGCAGCCUGCAUUCGCUCCAUAAGAUGCGCACACAUUUCCCCUUACUUUUUAGGAGGGAAAAAGUGGAGUCUUAUAGAGCAAAAAAUACGGUAUAUCCAAUUAUAAGGGAAUUUGUUUUAAGCAUCAGUUUCCUCAAAUAAAUUAUCUGGAUUGUGUUAGGGGCCUACACAGUUCCUGGCAUGAAUAGUUGUUGGUCAUCAAGCUUUUAUUUUAAAACCUAAACCCUUUUUCAGCACCAGGGCCACUCCUCCUUGAUUUUGAAGCCCCCACAACUAUGAUUUGUUCACCAAACCAUAAGUAGUUGAGCUGGGGCACUAUUGAAUGCCUGCUAAGAGCUACAUACCCUCAAUCAUUUCUUCAAUUAAAAUAGGAAUGUCCUAUUCCUAAUAAUAAUAAUAAUAAUAAUAAUUUAUUUAUAUUCAUCUAACUGGGUUGCCCCAGCCACUCUGGGCAGCUUCCAACAUAUCUGAAAACAUAGGUAAAGUUAAAGGUAAAGGUAAAGGGAUCCCUGACCAUUAGGUCCAGUCACGGACAACUCUGGGGUUGCGGCGCUUAUCUUGCUUUAUUGGACGAGGGAGCCAGCGUACAGCUUCCGGGUCAUGUGGCCAGCAUAACUAAGCCGCUUCUGGAGAACCAGAUCAGUGCACGGAAACACCGUUUACCUUCCCGCUGGAGCAGUACCUAUUUAUCUACUUGUACUGCAUGCUUUCAAACUGCUAGGUUGGCAGGAGCUGGGACUGAGCAACGGAAGCUCACCCCAUCGCAGGGAUUCAAACCGCCGACCUUCUGAUCGGCAAUCCCUAGGGUCUGUGGUUUAACCCACAGCGCCACCCGCGUCCCAUCUGAAAACAUAACAAACCACUAAACAUUAAAAAUACCCUAAAGGUUGUAUAGUGACUUAUCUCCUUGGCUCGGGGGUUGCAUAACUCCAUACCCUCCAACAUCUCUCCAUUGAAAAUAGGGACAUCUUAAGGAAAAGCAGGACAUUCCAGGAUCAAAUCAGAAACUCUGACAGCUUCUAUAAAUCCAGGACUGUCCCUGGAAAAUAGGGACACUUGGAGGGUAUGAGAACAUCACUCAGAUAAGUGAACUUGUAUGUGUCACAAAUGACACGGUGUCCACUAAAAGUGCUGUUGUGCUACUAAAUAUUUAAAUAAGUAUCAGCUUUUUUCACUGUUUUGUUAAACACAGGAGCUGGUCACUGAACUUUUCUUCCUCUGUCUAACCUUUGACCAUUGGAUGGUUUUCCUUUUUGGCUUCUUGAAUGCAAAUCCUGCAACCUGACAACUUCUUAAUUGUCAUUUGCAGGCUUAGAAGAUGAUGGGAAUGAAAAUGUUCACCAUAUUCUCUAGCGGUCCUGUAAAAGCCGAGGAUUCAAAAUCUAAGGUCAAAAGUGAGGACCCCAAGCCUUCAACGUCUUCUGAAUCAGAAUUUGACUCCACGUCGAUCGAAUCCUCGACAGAAGAAGCUCCGCCGAAGGACAAGGUGAAAACUGAAAGUCAAGGGUUGCCUUCGAAAAACAAUGCCACAUGCCAUUGUACUCCUGAGCAAAAUAACAAGAAGAAAAAGAAGAAAAUGAAGAGGGUACUCAUUGAUGGUCUGAAGUACUUAGCACUUGGGGAAAACAGAAUGAAACCCUUAAGAGCAGAGAAGGACCCUCCAAAUGAAAAGGAAAGCAAACCAGUUACAGGUACAGUAUGACCACCCCGAAGGACCACCUGCCCCCAACAUAAAUUUGUCCAUCAAUUAAGAUUCUCUUCUGACCAAAUUUAUUGGUCUCUUACAGCAGGGGCUUCCAACAUGGUCUCAUGGGCGCAACGGUGCCCUUUUACAUAUGUUUCCAAAUGUAUAAAAUACAUUUAGAAAUGCAUACUCAGAGAAAAAAAUGUUUUAUAAAAAAAAUUUCUCAUAUAAUAAAGAAAAUGCAUUCAAAAGCAUGUACUUAUUUUAAAAAAGCAUGUACCUAUAUACAUACAGUGGUGCCUCGCAAGACGAAAUUAAUCCGUUCCGCGAGUCUCUUCGUCUUGCGGUUUUUUCGUCUUGCAAAGCACGGCUAUUAGCGGCUUAGCGGCUUAGCGGCUAUUAACGGCUUAGCAGCUUUAAGAAAAAGGAAACAAACUCGCAAGAACUCGCAAGACGUUUCGUCUUGCGAAGCAAGCCCAUAGGGAAAUUCAUCUUGCGGAACGACUCAAAAAACAGAAAACUCUUUCGUCUUGCGCAUUUUUCGUCUUGCAAGGCAUUCGUCUUGCGAGGUACCACUGUAUUUAAAUAUAGAUUUUUCUGCAUUUUUUUUUUAAAAAAAACCUAAGAUUGAUGCGGAAAGAGGAUAGAACAGAGUUAUGAAUGAACGCACGUGAACUUGGCAUGGGCUGAUCCCUCCAUCCCUGGGUAUCAAGAGUAUUGAUCCUUCCUGUGUCACUUGUCUAAAAAUGCAAGUGGAGAAGGCAAUAGAGCCCGUGCAUGGCAAAAAGAAAGCUAGCACAUCAGGGGAAAUCUUCCAGCUCAACCCUUUGCUUGCUUUGCUCAUUUUCUACUUGCAGGGAAUCAUAGACUCAAGGGGAGUGAGGACUCAUUAGGACCCACAGCUCCAGGUGUUGAAGCUAGAGGCAGGAAGCAGUUUAGGGGUUUAUGUGAACACCCCCUCCGAGAUCUUGCAGCCUGCCACAGUUAGCGUUUUUAAGUGCUUUACAGAAAUAAGCAAGGAACCACAAAUGUGCUCGCCAGUGGCGAACACCACUUUUGCUCCGGGAGAGCACAAAGAGAGACUUUUCCCUUCUCCGAGGCCUGGAGAAUAGCGAGGGCUCUCUAUGAUGCCAGGCUUUCAGAAACAUAAGAGAAUGGCACUACCAAUUCUGCUCUGAAGGCACUUGGAAAACUGUGAGACUCCUUCUUGUUGUUUAGUCGUGUCUGACUCUUCGUGACCCCAUGGACCAGAGCACGCCAGGCACUCCUGUCUUCCACUGCCUCCCGCAGUUUGGUCAGACUCAUGCUGGUAGCUUCGAGAACACUGUCCAACCAUCUCGUCCUCUGUCGUCCCCUUCUCCUUGUGCCCUCCAUCUUUCCCAGCAUCAGGGUCUUUUCCAGGGAGUCUUCUCUUCUCAUGAGGUGGCCAAAGUACUGGAGCCUCAGCUUCAGGAUCUGUCCUUCCAGUGAACACUCAGGGCUGAUUUCCUUAAGAAUGGAGAGGUUUGAUCUUCUUGCAGUCCAUGGGACUCUCAAGAGUCUCCUCCAGCACCACAAUUCAAAAGCAUCAAUUCUUCGGCGAUCAGUGAGGCUCCUUGCUCUCCUGUAUAUAUACCCAGGGCACUCCCACUGCUGGUUUGUGAAGGCAUGUGAUCAUGACAUGAGUCACAAGCCGCCUUUGUCGUGCAGUUUCUUGAGAAAUAGUGUGUUUUGAUGCAUUCCCCCUAAAAUCAGCUUCUAUCCCAUAUGAAAACUUAAGGCAUAUGAAGCCAUCCAUGCCUUCUAUCUGCCCACUGGUGUGGACAAAGAGUGGGCAAUUUGUAAAUACAUCCAGCCACGCUGAACAUUAUAAUGAUAAGCAGAAAUGAUUUGAAAUGCUGCUGCAGCAUCGGCUGUGUUUUAAGCUAGUGAUGUGUACACAUCCUCAGUGUACACCAGGGUUUCUCAAACUUGGGCCUCCAGCUGUUUUUGGACUACAACUCCCAUCAUCCCUAGCUAGCAGGACCAGUGGUCAGGGAUGAUAGGAACAGUAGUCCCAAAACAUCUGGAGACCCAAGUUUGGGAAACUCUGGUGUACGCUAAGGCAGGAACUCAAACACCCACCCCACGUCGGGCAUGACAGCCCCACAUUCACUGUCUUGAGAUCACUGUAAUGUCUGAAGACUCCCUUGGCAGAGGAAGAGUCCUGGCAAGAUCACAUUCUCUCUGGCUACCAGUUACUGGAAACAAUAGCAUAAAUUGCUGGAAACAGGGACAAGACAUCUAUCGUUUCUACUCUCAAAUUAUGAGCUGUGCAUACGUCUACGGCCUAGGACCCUCGUACUCCCGGUAUGCCCCACGGAGAGCCUCAAGGUCCAUAAAUAGCAACACCCUAGUGGUCCCGGGCCCUAAGGAGGUCAGAUUAGCUUCAACCAGAGCCAGAGCCUUUUCAACACUGGCUCCGGCCUGGUGGAAUGCUCUGCCUCAUGAGACCAGGGCCCUGCAGGACCUGAUUUCUUUCCGCAGGGCCUGUAAGACAGAGUUGUUCCACCUGGCCUUUGGCUUGGAGCCAAUUUGAUUCCCUCCCCCUUUUCCUUUUUCUUUUCUCCUCCUGUGAUGAGGCUGCAUUUUAAUAUUUCAAUAUUUUAAUGUUGUAUUUUAAUUUUGUUUUUAAGUUGUAUUCAUUCAACUUGUUUUUAUUAUUGCUUGUUAGCCGCCCUGAGCCCAGCCUUGGCUGGGGAGGGUGGGGUAUAAAUAAAAAUUAUUAUUAUUAUUAUUACUGCAGGAUGUAAGUUAAAUGCAUGGACAAAUGAAAUUUGAAUCUCCAUGUUAUUGGGUACCAAGUUGUUUUUCCUUUUGUUUUGCCAGCUGACCAAAUCAGGGAGCUGAUUAAAGAUCAAAGAUUCUUUGAUGCCAGCCAACAUCUCCUGGCCAUGGAGAGGGAAUGCAGCAGUGACUCUGGCAGCAAGCGCAAAGAGGACCAUGUGGACCAUCAGAGUGAAAUUGAAGACCUGUUUGGACUUUUGAAGCAAGAGGUCCUCAGGAUCAUCCGGUCGUCCGUUAGCAUCGCGCAGGCUGAGCCAGAACUCCUGAGGGAUGCAGUGAGGACAGUAGCAGAACAGGUGAAGGAGGACAGGAGAUGCACGUUGGAAGAAGAGGCAUCUGGGAAAGCUGCGCAUUGCCGGCCCAGAAGAUGGAAGGACGAGUGGAGGAGUACAGUCCAGGAGUCCGUAACCGACAGAAUGAAAGAGCCUCCGUUUGACAGCAACGAGGGCCUCUCGACAACCGCCCACAGCUUCCUACACAUGGGGAAGGCUAUGAAAGAUGACCUGAUCACUGUGGUGAAAUACAUCAAGUGCCAUUACCCAGAGGACUUCCAAGUGUGCAGCACCUAUGCGCAGUUCUACCACAAGUGCUUCUCUUCUCAGAUCGAGAUGGUUGCCCAGUUCGAACUGGGCAGGAAGGACACUUACCUUCUCCUCACCUGGGUGCAGAAUAUCUAUCCAAAGUAAGUAGCGGUUUUGCCCUGCGUCCGGGUUACGCUGCAGGUCUGGCCAGCCCAAAAGCAGACAGUGUGCCUCUCUGUUCACUGGCUGAACCUUUUCCUCUUUCCCACAUCUCAACAUCUACCAUCCAAAUUCUGCCUCAAACAAACCGUUGGUUCAUAAAGAGUCAGACCGUUAGUGCAUCUAACUGUCAAUUGCUCUCAGGGUUCCAGACAGAGAUACACUGGUACCUCGGGUUAAGAACUUAAUUUGUUCUAGAGGUCCGUUCUUAACCUGAAACUGUUCUUAACCUGAAGCACCACUUUAGCUAAUGGGGCCUCCUGCUGCUGCCGCGCCGCCGGAGCACAAUUUCUGUUCUCUUCCUGAAGGAAAGUUCUUAACCCGAGGUAAUAUUUCUGGGUUAGCGGAGUCUGUAACCUGAAGCGUAUGUAACCUGAGGUACCACUGUAUCAGGUCUACCUUUUGCAUGCGAAGAGUGUGCUCUACUACCGAGCUAUUCUGGACCUUCCCCUUUACACUCUGCACUCAAAAUGAGUUAUGCUGAAGGAACACUGCAGAAAAUGGAAUUGAGGGAUGAGAUUCGAAAACAUGUUUCACAUGUUUACUAGGGCUUUCAGGCUGCCUUUUCCGCAUGGCAGGCUUUUGUCCCACACCCUUGAAAAAUGCUGGUUCUGAAGGUUAAGGAACUGCAGAAGCAGAAUUUCAACAAUCCAGGCAUCCAAUGAAAUGUAGGCAUGUUUUAGUGGGGGGGGGUGUCCAAUGCAAGAGAGGCUGAGCCAGGGCAAACAGGAACUGAGCAGAACAGCUUUCUGUGCAUAGUCUGAUCUAGUAUAUGAAAAAGUAUCCUUUCUUCCGUUGAUCAGAAUGGGGUGACAGGGCUCAAUUGACUGUGGCAUGUUCUGCUGCUGCAUAUUUGGAUGCUUUUGAUGGUGAUGACAAAAUAUAUACCGUAUUUUUCCUUGUAUAACACGCCACCAUGUAUAACAUGCCCCCUAUUUUUUGGGACUCCAAAUAAAGAACUCCCCCAUAUGCACUAUCCGUGUAUAAGACAACCCCCCAAUUUUAAACUUGGAAAAAAUAGGGGGGGAAUAUUGUCUUAUAAACAGAAAAAUACGGGUGGGUGGGUGUGUGUGUGUGUGUGUGUGUGUGUGUGUAUGAGACACCCAUUUUGAUUCUAAUGGGAAUCAUUAAGCAACGGUUUGCAGCGAGAUGGGGUUAUGGCUAAACAUUUCAAAUAUUUCUGGUAGCCCAAUUGCCACCAGGUCAGGUUUGAAAUUUUUGUGUUAAUUCGCAAAGCCCUAUAUAACUUGGACCCAAAGUUCCUUACAGACUGCUUGAUUCCUUGUGCUCCACCUUGAUCACUGGGGUCUUUUCAUGGGGCACUUUUGGGGUCUCACAUGCCCCUAAGAUUUGGCUUCAGGGUGGCAGGCCCUGUUUCCCACGGGCAUCUGGUUGGCCACUGUGAAAACAGGAUGCUGGACUAGAUGGGCCCUUGGCCUGAUCCUGCAGGCUCUUAUUAUGUCCUUAUGACUACAGUGGUACCUCGGGUUAAGAACUUAAUUUGUUCCGGAGGUCCGUUCUUAACCUGAAACCGUUCUUAACCUGAUGCUAAUGGGGCCUCCCACUGCGGCUGCGUUAUUUCUGCUCUCAUCCUGAAGUAAAGUUCUUAACCCGAGGUACUACUUCUGGGUUAGCAGAGUCUGUAACCUGAAGCGUCUGUAACCCGAGGUACCACUGUACUUCACUUGAACUCCAAUUCCCUUUCAGGUUUCUUGUGUGUUGAAAAGCAGUUCCAUUCCACUCUCUUAACGAGUCCUUUAAAAUCCUUUCCCCACCACUGUUUCAGUGCCUCAUGCAAAGUACUGUCCUUGAGUCCCCAAUAAAGAAUUUGCUGGAUCAACUGUUUGCUCAAGGCUGUGAACAAGUCAGAAAUGUAAAAACACUGGCUAUGCAACGUAGACCGGCUUCACAUUGGAGCCAAGUAUUCUGUGGCUAUGCAGUCAAGUCUGCUUUCACAUCUGUUUUUCUUUGGGAAUUGGAAUCGGAAUAAUCAGCUUCAAUGAACUGCAAGGGAUGUGAAUGUGAUCUUCUUUUGUCAUUUCAGUGAAAUCAGAAACCACCCCAUUUUAGUGAAAGACUUAGACCAAGCCCAUCUUGGAAGCCUUUUGCCGCUCAGGCAGAUCAAACACUUUGAAGUGGCGUACCUGACUAACGAAGUGGUAAGAGGCCUGUUUGUUUUUUAUUCGUAAUCUGUCCAGGCACUGUUACAAAAUGGAUUUUGUAGUCCACCCAGUUUGUGUUUGAGCAAAUAAGAGCACCUUUUCACUUUCUGCUAUGUUUACUAUGGCCCCUAUUGUGUUGUAAUAGGAGAUCCCAAAGUAAGAGGGUGUGUCAUGCAAUAUAGGAGUUGGCCAGGCCUCGUGCAAGGCAGGCACAAUUGUCCGCUGAUGUGAGCUCGAGUCCAACCAUAGCUGGUGCUCAGGGCAGGCUCAGAUUCCCUGCGCUAAAAUAAUGUGACUGCCUAGGACCCACGUUCCUACGGGACCGCCUCUCCUGGGAUGCCCCGCGGAGGACCUUAAGGUCCACAAAUGACAACAUUUUGGAGGUCCCAGGUUGCAAGGUGGUUAGAUUGGUCUCAACUAGGGCCAGAGCCUUUUCAGUGCUGGCCCCGACUUGGUGGAACGCUCUGUCACAAGAGACUAGGGCCCUGCGGGACUUGACAUCUUUCGGCAGGGCCUGCAAGACAGAGCUGUUCCACCUGGCCUUUGGUUUGGACUCAGUCUGACCCUUAUGUUUCCCUCCCCUUAUGGUUUUGAUCUAUGGGCUGCUAUUAAAAUGAGGCUGCAUUUUAAAUUGCAUUUUAACCUCUAUUUUAAAUUGGUGUUUUUACUGUAAUUUUACUGAUGUUAGCUGCCCUGAGCCCAGCUCUGGCCGGGGAGAGCGGGGUAUAAAUACAAUUUAUUAUUAUUAUUAUUAUUAUUAUUAUUUAUUAUCUUGUAUGUGAAAUGAAAGUAUGUGUUGGGGGGUAGGGAGAAUUGUGAGAUGGAGCUUGGAAACUGCUGUGAUUGUGCAAGGUCACAACCUCUCCUGCUGCAGAAGAACUUGGAAGACUGUCUAAAGGGGAAGAGGUGACUUGCAGAAAAUUGCACCAUUUUCAUUUGCAAAAUGCCUUGCAAACAUUCUCCCAAGCACACAGGAGCUUAAUUGGAAGAAAAUCUCUCUCUCUUUCUUCUUUUUCCCAACUAUCCAUGUUCUAUUUUUGUUAGUGGUUGUGGAAGCAGGGAUUCUUUUUUAUUCUUCUUCUUUUUCUAUGCCACUUUUUGUUCCAAAGCAGCUUACAAACAAAAUAUAAAAAUAACAUAAAUCGUAUUGUAGCCUUAUGAGGCUUUGCCCUCGAGCGAGAAAAAUAUUGCGCCCGGGAAAGGGAGAUGGGAGUCAACAGACACUCAAGGAAUAGUUCGGAGAAAAAGCUUUUAUUUCUACCAUCCAUGAACUGGUAGAAGGAGCAAGUGUGAUAGUUCACAAAAACAUGCACAAGUUCACAGUCAUAUGCACAGAGUAUAUAUUCCCCUUCCAGUUCCCUCCCCUUUCUCCUCCCUCAGGAGUCCUGCCCCAUGUUGAGGUUUCCUGAGCAUGUACAGAAAGCUCCUGUCUUGGACUCUUGGACUCUUGGCACCCUUCCUAGGAAAGGGGGAUGAGAGCGGCUCAGCAUGUCCAAAGAUGUUGCAACUAGAAUGAGAUAAAAGUCAGUUCUCAGGCCUGCUCUGACAGAGUCUAUUCAUUAGCCUUUUGAAGCCUUCUUGUACUGAUAAAAGUAACGGUUUGCCUUGCAACAGCAGAGCAAAUGAGCAGAUGCUUAGCUGCUGAGAAAAUGAUUUUGAAAAGCUUUGAGAAGCUUUGAGCCUGCUUUGGGGGGGGGACUUCGGGCCUAGGUGGGGUCACCUGUCCUCACCUUCCUUCAGUAUGGAAUACUUAACAAAUCAUCAGUAAAACAAUCCCAAAUCCCAAAUAAAACAAUUACCAUUUAUGUAACCCUAUUAACAAAACAACUAAAAAAUAAGCUAAACAUCACAGUUACAUCAAAAAUCAUAUUAUAGGAUUCACAAAGUACAACAGCAUUCAUAUCUAUAAAACAAUAUUAACAACAUUAACAAAAUAGCAACAAAACAAACAAAGUGUUGAAUUUGUACAUGUGCUCUCCCCUCCAACAUGACUCAUAAACUUUCAUUCUAUUCAAUGCAUCAAAAUACACCUGCAUACAAAUGCCACCUUUCUAUGUGAGAAUUUGUUAUUACUGUUUGAAGAAUUUUUAAAAAUGGGGUUUAUAAUCUGCCCUUCACCGUAUAUAGUUCCAGGCUAGGGAAACACACAAUAAAACAGGAAAUAACAACACUCUAAAAUCAGUAUUCAGAACAUUAAAUGAUAAUUACAGUGGUACCUCAGGUUAAGUACUUAAUUCGUUCCGGAGGUCUGUUCUUAACCUGAAGCACCACUUUAGCUAAUGGGGCCUCCCGCUGCCGCCGCUCUGCCAGAGCAUGAUUUCUGUUCCCAUCCUGAAGCAAAGUUCUUAACCUGAAGCACUAUUUUUCGGUUAGCGGAGUCUGUAACCUGAAGCGUAUGUAACUUGAAGCGUAUGUAACCUGAGGUACCACUGUGUACAAUCACAAACAGCAUUCCAUGUGAACAGGCAAACAAAAGACAGGUGAAACAGCUCAUAGCAGCAAAUCUCAUUACCUCCCAAAGGGGACAGCUGAACAGGUGAAGAGGAGGACAGGGCUCCUGGCCCUUUAAUAGUUGUGUAGAAGCUACUUGUGCUGAAAUGUCCCUUUCGAUGCAACUAAAUGUGUAGGAGUCCCGCCCUUUUUUGCAUCUGGCCAACUUAAAGUUGAAUCCUAGACCUUAAGACCUUUCAGACACUUUUGAUUGGCCCUGCGAUUGGUGACAGAGUAACUGAAACGUGAACACUGCUGCUAAUCUGUGUUUUGGUGUUUUCUUCUUUCCUUAUAAAGGAUGCUGCUAAACGCUCCCUGGCUAACUGUCUGCAACUGGAAGUCAAGAAGUGGGCAGAGGGAAACGAGCCACCAAAACUAGCUGGUCACUAUCACAGUGAACUUCAUAUAGAUGCCAUCCAGGUAAUAAAAUAUGUCAUACAUGUGUGUGUGUGCGCGCGCACGCGUUUGGUAUAUAUGAAAUACACACAGAGAGAGAAAUAAAGUGGUACCUCGGGUAAGUACUUAAUUCGUUCCGGAGGUCUGUUCUUAACCUGAAACUGUUCUUAACCUGAAGCACCACUUUAGCUAAUGGGGCCUCCUGCUGCCGCCACGCCGCCGGAGCCCGAUUUCUGUUCUCAUCCUGAAGCAAAGUUCUUAACUUGAAACACUAUUUCUGGGUUAGUGGAGUGUGUAACCUGAAGCGUAUGUAACCUGAAGCGUAUGUAACCCAAGAUAUCACUGUACACAGAGUUACACCAUCAGCUGUUUAAAAUACCGUAUUUUUCACUCUAUAAGACGCAGCAGACCACAAGACGCACCUAGUUUUUGGAGGAGGAAAACAAGAAAAAUAAUAUUCUGAAUCUCAGAAGCCAGAACAGCAAGAGGGAUCACUGCACAGUGAAAGCAGCAAUCCCUCUUGCUGUUCUGGCUUCAGCCUGCAUUUGCUCCAUAAGACGCUCACACAUUUCCCUUUACUUUUUAGGAGGGAAAAAGUGAGUCUUAUAGAGCAAAAAAUACAGUAAAUACUUUCCUUCAGAGGGAACUUAUCUCACUUGCCCUUGCCUGAAUUAAAAUUUGGAUUUAGCAUUAUGUCAGUCAAUCCCAACAGAUCCUAGAAGUCAAUAAAAUUUGUCUCCUGAGAUACGGAAGCACCCCCCCAAAAAAAAACCCUCAUCUUAGAAGGCCUUAUUCUACAGAUUUUCUGCAACAGGAAUAAAUGCUAUUUGACUGUGCCACCUCAAAUUUAUCUGAUUAAUCUCUGUUACAUUUGCCAGAGAUCAGCUGAAGAUAUAAAUUGGUCAGGCCAGAGAGGUGACAUAUCUAGAACCAAGUGAAACAGAGUCCCACCUUUGAUGGAAAAUAGCAGUGAAGCAGGGGGCAGGAGUUCCCAUCCUCUUCCCUUUUUGUCCCUCCCUCCUUCCUGUCGCCAUUUUCCUUUAUCCCCUAUGUGCUUAUUAUAUUGCACAGCCACAUUCCCCGAUCCAAUGCAUAGCUGGAUGCACUUGAGGAACGCUGGAAUAGUGGAUUGAGGACCUAGGAUGUCGCUUCCAACUCUUACGAUUCUAAAUCCCGUUAAAAUCAGUGGGAAGUGAAGCACAAUUCUGUGUAUGUUGAACGGGACUUACUGCUUGCCACUCAACCAUCUGAGUUUGCACUUAGAGGGAAUGAGAAGGAUAGCCAACCUAAGACCUUCGGAUGAAGUGUGUUGCGUGUUGAGGUUUCCAAGCCACCCCAAUAACUCACACAUCACACAUAAUUUUUGUUUAAGGUUUUUGGCAUAAUUUUGGCCACAACUUUAUUAAAAUACAAGCAAUGUGAGUGGUUGCUUAGGCAUUGGUUGCAAUUAUCUGACCCCGCAGGAUGCAGGUGGCACUGUGGGUUAAACCACAGAGCCUAGGACUUGCAGAUCAGAAGGUCAGCGGUUCGAAUCCCCGUGAUGGGGUGAGCUCCAAUUGCUAGGUCCCUGCUCCUGCCAACCUAGCAGUUCGAAAGCACGUCAAAGUGGAAGUAGAUAAAGAGGUACUGCUCUGGCGGGAAGGUAAAUGGCGUUUCCGUGCACUGCUCUGGUUCGUCAGAAGUGGCUUUGUCAUGCUGGCCACGUGACCCAGAAGCUGUACGCUGGCUCCCUCGGCCAAUAAAGCGAGACGAGCGCCACAACCCCAGAGUCGGUCAUGACUGGACCUAAUGGCCAGGGGUCCCUUUACCUUUACCUUUAUCUGACCCCGCACGGGGACAGACUGACAUUUGCACACCCAUGAAGUCAGAAAGGGAAAACAUUUUGGGGAGAAAUGAAGCUGGGCACCAGACCCUCACCUCUCCCCACAUGCUCCCAGAGGCUUGCGUGGCCCAAGCCCAAUGCCAGGGACUUGGACGAAAGCAUGGCAAGCCCCUGGAUUCCUUUAAUGGAAUUCCCUUGCAACACCAGCAUUGGAGGGGUAGGCACUUACCCCUCCACCAACCAAUUUUUUAACCAAUGCCUAACCGCAAACCUUACAAGUUGUGACAAUUUGCUAUGCAGUAGGCAAAAACCAAAUGGCUCCCGCCCAUCAGCCAAAUGGACAAAAUUCCUACCAGGCCCCUGCCCCAAAAGCAGGCGACCCCAUGACAGGUAUAGCAAGGUCAAGCGCAAAAUCCCCAGUUCAGGGAGGGUGGGCGGGUGAUCCGGUGCACCCAGCAAAAGAGAAAGCCCAAAGCUGGGUGCCCAAUAUUUAAAACCUUUGAGCCCAACCCACAAAUUGGUAACAUCGAAAUCUCCCCAGAAAUACAAGUACCCAAUCAUAGCCUGUGGCCAUCCAAACAGAUCUGCCCAGCAACAGUGGGGUGGCUUGCUAGACCCCACCGCAACACAUGCUCUCUAUUAAGAACACACUGUAUACAAAUUUAAUAAAUAAAGAAUGAUCAUAGAAUCAGAGCAACUGAACACACGUUGCUUGAAACCACAGGAGGGGAGGCUGCCACUGGUCCAUCCAUGCCUCUGUCUGUAGAGCAUGUGGCUCUCAAUCUCAGGUUCAUGGGUUUGAGCCCCAUGUUGGGCAAAAAGAUUCCUGCAUUGAAGGGGGUUGGACUAGAUGACUCUCAGGGUCCCUCCCAGCGCUGCAAGUCUGUGGAAUCUUUGGAAUCCAGCCCACCACUGUUCUUAUGUUCUUAACUACGGAUUGCCGGAUAUUAAAGUAGGAGCUGCAGUGGUGACUCUUGGAAUUUUGUGUGUGUGUGUGUGUUUAGAUUAUCCACAACAAACAGAAAGAAGCUGAAGGCAUUUCCGCAGAGCUUGGCAAGCAAAUGUCAACACUGGUUUUGGAAGAGCUCCUGGCCUUUCUGCAAAGGUAGGAUAGCGAGGUCACGAAGGAAUGCAUUUCAGAUCAUGUCAGCGCAGGCUCUGAAUCGGAUAAUAAUAAUAAUAAUAAUAAUAAUAAUAAUAAUAAUAAUAAUUUUUAUUUAUACCCCGCCCUCCCCAGCCAAGGCCGGGCUCAGGGCGGCUAACAAGCAAUAAUAAAAACAAGUUGAAUGAAUACAACUUUAAAACAAAAUUAAAAUACAACAUUAAAUAUUGAAACAUUAAAAUAUUAAAAUGUAGCCUCGUCGCAGGAAGAGAAAAGAAAAGAAAAAAGAAAGAGGGGGAGGGAAUCAAAUUGGCUCCAAGCCAAAGGCCAGGCAGAACAACUCUGCCUUACAGGCGGAAAGAAAUCAGAUCCUGCAGGGCCCUGGUCUCAUGAUACAGAGCAUUCCACCAGGCCGGAGCCAGUGUUGAGAAGGCCCUGGCUCUGGUUGAAGCUAAUCUGACUUCCUUAGGGCCCGGGACCACUAGGGUGUUGCUAUUUAUGGACCUUGAGGCUCUCCGUGGGGCAGACCGGGAGAGGCAGUCCCGUAGGUAUGAGGGUCCUAGGCCGUGAAGGGCUUUAAUGGUCAAAGCCAGCACCAGAUGCCAGCUUUCUCGAUAAUAAAUUUUAUUAGUUUUCGAUUACCAUAAUCCAAUAAUAGCCUCAUUAUAUCAGUGCCGAAUUAUAUACAGAUGCCAACAUUCUAACCCUUAUCUCAUUCCCCCACUGGCUCUCUAGCUACAAGAAGGCACUGGACAUUUUCAUGAGGGAGAAGAAGAACAACCAAUACUUUGAAGCGACAGUAGUUACAAACAUGAACAGUUGCUUGGGUUUUCGGUAAGUAAUGAAUGGCAACGAUAUCGUUCUGCAAUACGCAUAGUGGGAGGGUCAAGUACAUGGGAGCUGUGAGAAUUGGGACUGAUGGGAAUCGAAGUCCAAAACAUCUGGUGGGCACCAGCUUGGCAAAGGCUGUCACAGAGGGUCAGCCAGUCUUAAUUUAGACCGGAAUCCCAUGUUUCCCCGUGGCCGGUACUGGGUGCCUCUGCAGACAUAUCAGCGACUAGCAUCUAUAAAAUGAUUCAUACUUCAUUUUGUCCAACCCAAUUCCAGAAGACGGAAGCUUUGUUUAUGUAAUGAAUAUGGUCAAACGGAUGAACUCCACCAAUGGUUCAGUGCCAGACUACAUCCCUGCAGGGUGGGUUGCAGUGUUUCAGUGGAGACCCAAUUAUAUAUAUUUUUUUAAUUCCUAUUUUGAAUGCAAGUCAAACAUGCAGCUCCCAAGUACCAUCUGAAAAAAGGCACAACCUUCCUUUCAUAAAUAGGAAGGAACACUUUCCCUAAUAUGGUUUUCCACACCAGGCACUUUAAGGGUGCCCCUGAGCACAUGCAGAGUGGUUUUGUGUUGUUACAUAAGUUACAGGGAACCAGGCAGAGGGCCUUCUCGGUGGAGGCGCCCACCCUGUGGAACACCCUCCCACCAGAUGUCAAAGAGAAAAACAACUACCAGACUUUUAGAAGACAUCUGAAGGCAGCCCUGUUUAGGGAAGCUUUUAAUGUUUGAUGGACUACUGUAUUUUAAUAUUUUGUUGGAAGCUGCCCAGAGUGGCUGGGGAGACCCAGCCAGAUGGGUGGGAUAUAAAUAAAUCAUUAUUAUUAUUAUUAUUAUUAUUAUUAUUCGAUGUUGUAUAUUGGCUAAGAGGGAAGCUCCACCUCUGCCAUAAAUCCAUUAAUUUAGUUUGCUAGACUUACAUGACAAGGUAAGGGGCCCUGUGGCACUUUACAGGCAAGCAAACAUAAUUUGUUAAUGCUGGGGGGGGGUUGCACCAUUGCUUAGGAAUUUGAUGGCACUGGGUUUAUCUGCAUUCUACCAGGAUGGCUCAAUGGACGCAGAUGGCGCUGUGGGUUAAAUCACAGAGCCUAGGACUUGCUGAUGAGAAGAUCGGCGGUUCGAAUCCCUGCGACGGGGUGAGCUCCCGUUGCUCGUUCCCUGCUCCUGCCAACCUAGCAGUUCGAAAGCACGUCAAAGUGCAAGUAGAUAAAUAGGUACUGCUCUGGCGGGAAGGUAAACGGCGUUUCUGUGUGCUGCUCUGGUUCGCCAGAAGCGGCUGAGUCAUGCUGGCCACAUGACCCGGAAGCUGUAUGCCGGCUCCCUCGGCAAUAAAGUGAGAUGAGCGCCGCAACCCCAGAGUCGGUCACGACUGGACCUAAUGGUCAGGGGUCCCUUUACCUUUACCUUUACCUUUACCUUUACCAGGAUGGCUCAGUUGGUAGAGCAGGGGACUCUUCAUCUCAGGGUUGUGGGUUCGAGCCCCGUGUUGGGCAAAAGAUUCCUGCAUUGCAGGGGGUUGGACUAGAUGACCCUCGGUGUCCCUUCCGACUCUACAAUUCUAUCAUUCUAUGAGUUCAUCAACUGCGGCUGCAAGAGCAGAGUUAAAGGCAGCAAGUGACAUCAUGAAACAAUGGCAGGACAAACCACAGCUUCUUUCUUUCUUCCCUCCAGGUCCCACGCUGAAAAAACUUCAGGACAGGACUAUAUCCGAGUGAAAAUUGUUAAUGCCCUUAGUGACAUUGAGACCGCUGGCUGUGAUGUGCUCGUUCAAUGCGUGGUUCAGGAACUGCAGGUAACCCUACAGCUGCGUGAUACACCUCUGGGUUUGCCCUGUGGAUAGCUCAAUCAGCAGAGCAUGAGACUCUUAACCGCAAGGUUGUGAGUUCGAGCCCCACGUUGGGCAAAAAACACCUACAAGGCAGGGGGUUGGACUAGAUGACCCUCGAGGUCCCUUCCGACUCUACAAUUCUGUGAUUCUACUACAGUAUAUUGAAGGUGGCAGAAAUGCCGCUCCUAGGACAACGCCACUCAGCCAGUUAAAGGGUAUGCAUAGAAAGAGGAUUAAAAGAAAUAACUCACCACUCUUGAAACUUAUACAGAGGGCAGUAUAAAAAAAUUACAAAACAAAUUAUAACGAAUAAGGCGUCCAAAAAGGGCAAUAAGAACUUGGUUCUUGCUUUUCUCCUCCCUUCUGCCAUUCAUGCAUCAGGGCCGGGGCAUCAACCGUUGGCCAAUAUUUUUUUAUUGUCUGAGGCAAAGGGCACUGAAAUAUACUCGGAGUCGAGUGUGGAUUUCAUGCUCUUUAUUCAGCUCAUAGUGGUGAGGAGGAAUGGAAGUUCCCCCAAAACGUCUGCUUUAUAUACCUUAUUUACACAAUGGGCCCCACAUGAUUGGCUAUUUCCGGGAUUCUCCUGUAGGCCAAUCAGGUUGCGGAUUCACUUCCACCUGGAGCUGGAUUGGGUGGCUCCUGUGGACCAAUCAGACUGCUGCAUUCUGAAUCCUAUUGUUCUAGGACCAAUCAGACUGCUGCAUUUUGGAUCCUAUUCAACUCAGUACAUAACAGGCACGAUGGCACCCUCUCCUUAUUCCCACUGUACCAGUGGCUGAAUCUUACUUCAGCCCUGGCAACACUUCAGAAUAACAUCCUCCACUCUACUGACAGGCAGCUUAGUCUCUGUCCUCCAACAGAGAGGAGCAGCCCCAGGGCUUAGGAGGAAUAGCCAGGAGACUGCUAUUGUUGCCGUCCCCCAGCACCUGCCGCCUAAGGCUGCUGCUUCACUUUGCCUAAUGAUGGGGCCGGCACCGCCCACAAGCCUGGAGAAGGUCAGCCUGUUCUUGCCGUUCCUCUUCGCCACUGCAGCCAGCUUGAUCUGGUGAGGAAAUGGGAUGAGCAAGGAAACAACCGUACUGGAUGGAAGUGAGAAGGAGCUUCCACUGCCUGCUUUCUCAUUGUCUCUGUCUGGGAAGCAAGUUGUCGCAAGGUGAGGCAGAGGAGGAGGAGCUGGCAACAACAGACUGAUAGGGGAAUAAGACAGAGGGUGGGGGUCUUCGUGCCCAAGGCCUCCACCCCAUAUCUGGAGUCAGCACCGCCAGGUGAAAAAGAGGAAGGGGUUCCUGGGCCUUUAAUAGCACCUGCUAAAAUUCCCUCUUCUGCAGAACUCUUAACAGUGGAGGAGUCCUGUCCCCUCUUUGCAUCUAGCCACCCUUGUUGUGAUGGACCCAGCCUGGAAGGAGAAGGGUUAGUGAGAAUUGUCUGAGGUUACUGGUUGCCCUGCCCUCGCCAAUCUUAGUAAUGUAACAUACCAUAUUUUGAAAGACUUUUCAGUUCCUUUUUCCUAAUGUGCAAAAGUAGCAAAAUGCAAAUGUAGGAAAUUGCAAAUGUAGGAAAUUCUGUUCCAAAACCUGAACUGUUGCUCUUGUGUUGAACUUUCCCCCAGCCUAUUUUUAGAAAGUUUACCCAGAGAAAAUGGGCUUCCUGCACUGAUAUUAUUGAUGAAAUCAUAGCAACCGCCAUACAUCAUGUUUCUACGCUGAGAGCUCUCAAAGACCCUCUUCGCCAGGUAAGCUAAUGAAAAGGAGGAAGUUUUAUGUUUUUUCAAAGACCGGCACUGGGAUUAAUCAGUUCCUCUAGCCUAAGGCUGAAAAUGGGCAGUACAGUGGUACCUUGGCUUAAGAACAGCUUAGUUUAUGAACAACUUGGAUUAAGAACGCUGCAAACCCGGAAGUAGGUGUUUUGGUUUGUGAACUUUGCCUUGGAAGCAGAACAUGUUCCGCUUCCUGUUGAGUGUGUUCCAUUUGCAAAUUGAGUCCCCCGCUGCUAUGGGAAAGCACGCCUUGAUUUGAGAACGCCUUGGUUUAAGAGUGGACUUCUGGAAUGGAUUAAGUUUGUAAACAAAGGUACCACUGUAGUUUAUAAGAGAGUUUAAAACUGAGAAAGGCUUUGUUUUUGAUGCUGUACGCACACAUUUCCCUUAUGUAUGAGUGUAGUGCACCGUGUAGUGUUGGAGAAAUUUAAAAAGGCUUCCUAGAGUGGAGGUAUUGCUCCCAGAAAACCAAAAGAAAAGGAUGGAGGCUCUAGGUGAAAAUAUAUUGAAAUUCAGGGGAGAACUGAAAGGCUGGGGAAAGGGUUUAAACCACCCUUUGUUGAUGUUCUGCAGGGAUCCAGCAUUCACAGUUCUAGAUCUGCUGCCGAGCAUUUUAAGUUUGGCUCAAAGAAGAGAUCUCCUCCGUUUCAGUUCCUUGGCCUACCAAACCAGCUGCGCUCACUUAUCCUUCUCUACUGCUUGUUGUCCUUGACCUUUUUUCAGUUUCAGAAGCUCAAGGGCUUGACCAAACCACAAGAGCCCUUUUCCUUUGAAAGCUUGCUUUUCGUUCCAAAAAGCCAAUGUAAACUCACAAGGGAAGGGUCAUGCAUUCAAAUUUCCUACUUUUGUCUUCUUAAAAUAAUCUACCCAGCUAAUGAAGUUAAUUAUGAGAGCCAACAGUCAACGUGCAGCAGGAACUCUUCGGGGGGGGGGGGGGAGUUUAUGGUUCCCAUCUGAUAGUUCUUAUGCUUUGUACAUUGUUGGCGGUCAUAACUCACUCAAUGUUUAUUUUUUCUGAAGUCUUUUUGGAACAAAUUAUGGCCUAUUAAGAGAGCUCGUAAGCUAACAUGGUUACAGUUCAAUAACACCCCCCCCCAAAAAAAAAGUUUUCUGCAUUUCAGCUAUAUAAUUUAGAGAGGAGAUGUUUUGUUGCUGCUAUCAUUAAACGAAAGGGAACAAAAAUUCUUUGCAAUCCAGUACAGAUCACUCAGGAGAUCUUCCAGUAAACCCCAAUCUGCCUUCUAACCAUUCCUGCUCUAGAUAAUUAUAAAAACCAGUUUGUUUUCAGAAUAACCAGUUAGGCAAGUUUGGAAAGUCUUUCUCUUGGUAUUUUUAGAAUUCAAGCUAUAUUGAUUUGUGUGUGUCUUCUCUCUCCUUCGUCUGAUCGCAAAGGACUAACUACUUGCUUCUUUUGCUGUAGGCUGUCAUUGAGAAAAUUCACUUCUUUCUGGUCCAAGAGUACAUUUCAAGGCUUAUGAAGAAGAAGGUUAGCUUGAGGACCCCAGAACUGCAAAAGAACUUGUCUGAGCUCGUCCAACAGCAUGCCUCUAUUCUGUGCACGUUUUGCUUAGAGAAUGUAAGUCUUGUUUUUCACCAUGGGCUUUUCGGUCUCAACAUGCAGCCCCUGACAUUUAACAAGCUACUGCUGCAUGCUGUUAGGGAUGAUGAUAAUAAUAAUAAUAAUAAUAAUAAUAAUAAUAAUAAUAAUAAUAAAUUUAUUUAUAUCCCGCCCUCCCCAGCCGAAGCUGGGCUCAGGGUAGCUAACAACAAUAAAAUAAUACAACAUUCUAAAAUCAUUUCAUUAAAAUUAAUUCAACGCAAAUUGAUGGCAACCAUUAGGCUAAAGUUCUGUGAAGUUUGCCAAAGGAGGGAGUCAGGCUGUGCCCUAACCAAAGGCCUGGUGGAACAGCUCUGUCUUCCAGGCCCUGCGGAAAGAUGUCAAGUCCCGCAGGGCCCUAGUCUCUUGUGACAGAGCAUUCCACCAGAUCGGGGCCAUCACUGAGAAGGCCCUGGCUCUAGUUGAGGCCAGCCUAACCUCUCUGUGGCCUGGGACCUUUAGGAUGUUUUUGUUUGAAGACCGUAAGUUCCUCUGUGGGACAUACCAGGAGAGGCGGUCCCGUAGGUACGAGGGUCCUAGGCCAUAUAGGGCUUUAAAGGAUGAGAGAGAAAUGUGAUUCAGUUUGCAUUUAAAGAUGAACCUACCUAAUUUUCACUUUCUGAAACAAUGCACGAAAUGAAGCACAGCCAUCCUUCGAAUCUUACCCUUCUCCAGAUGUUGCCAUGCAGUUCUCCAGCCAAGCAAUGUGUACAGAAAUGCAUGUACCCAUGUAGUGUGUGCAUAAGAAUACACAUCUUUGUGAAAAGAAUGUACAAAAUUGCAUUGCCUUGGGGAAGACUAUUUGCAAACAUUCCUGUGUUGGGCAAAAUCGCUUACAAAUCUAUAUAUUAGGAGAAAUUCACACCAGAGUGUCGGUGAAUUUUUGUGAGGAUAUAUUUAUAUAUAUAUAUAAAAAAGUAAUCACAAACUGAUGGGCAAAUGUGGAGGACUGAAGAUUAGAAAAAAUCAAAAUUGAUAGUCACCCAUCGCUAGGUGCUAUGAAGCAUUUUUUGUGCAUAAUGCUCAGCACGUAUGGUUGGGAAUAAGCCUUGUUUGACAUCCUCAUUUCCAAAUAAGGGCAGGUCCAAAUCAUACAUUUAAAGCACAUCCAACACAUAUUUAAAGCACAUGCCUUCUCCAAAAGAAUCCUGGGAACUGUCGUUCUCUGUACUCUUAACAAACUACAGUUCCCAUGAUUCUUUGGGGAAGCCAUUUGCUUUAAGUGUGUGGUGUGGAUCAUCCCGACACAUGCACAGGCAAGAGAGUUGACAAACAAAAAUGGCAGGAAAGGGGAAGCUAACCGGACUAGAACCCACAGUCCAAGUUUAAGGAGUCCAAGAUCAGGGCAAGGAAGAGGUCAGAACUGCAUGAAAGCCACACAGUUGUCCCAACAAGUUGGCAUGCCCAACCACCAAGCUUCAAAGGUGAACUUCCUCAUGAGGCUCCUGGGCCUUGCGAGACUGUUGAGUGUGCAGACUAAACUGAGGUGGGUGCAUCUCUUCCCAGUGACGGAUGCGCCACCCAGGCUGUACCCCCCACUGCAGCCCCUGGUUCCUCUACCUCUAAUGGUGGGCUGGUGCUCUCCCUCCGUUGCUGUGCUCCAGUCUCCAGGGCUGAAGAAGGGAAAUGGGAUGCCUGCUUCCCCAGCCAGGGCUGCCACAUCCCAUCUCUUCCAGCCUCUGUGCCCUGGCCUCAACCCCCUCAGGUCAUUCUCUGAUUCCUCCUCCUCCAUCUCAGCCUUCUGCUUCAUCUUUGAGCCCAGCAAUGUCUCGGAACUCACAACUCUUGGCUUCCAGUGAACAAAUUUUAGCAAAACAUAUCUUUGGCAAGAUAUAUACCACAUCACAUCUGUAUAUUAAGCUGUUAAAAUAUUAUUUAAGAUGUAUAAUCUGGUAUCAUGGUUAUAAUGGAGCCAGAUGUCUGUCUUCAUAUCCACAUGUCUUCGGUGUGAAAUGUAGAGUGCCGCAGUCUAGAAUUUCUGUGUACUUUUAUAGGGCAGGGUAUUGAGAUGCAAGAAACAUGAGCUGAAGAGGUGGGGACAUUUUGAGGGUGCCAGAUAUUCAACAUCUGGCAAAAGUUGAAGUGUGUGUUUUGAAAUGUUCUUUAGCAGAAUAAAUAAAUAGCAACAUAGUUUUCAACCUGUUUGCCUUCAUGGGACAUGUUUCCAAUAUGGCUUGUCUGCCAAGAAUCUCCUGAGCAGAUUUUUUCAAAUUAUGGUGGGGACUCUGCCUUGAGGGUCUCAGGGUCUCCAUAGCAGUCUAGCCGUUUCCAGCCUUGUGAUUCUAUAUUUUGAGUAUAUGGGUGGCCUAAUUUUUAUCUGGGAAUCUGCAUGUUGACUGACUCAGUGUGGUCUUUUUAACUUGAUAGGGGUCCACUGCCAAAUGGCUGGGUUAUGCUCUCCCAAGCCUGGCUGAAAUCAUCAAACUCCAAGGUACAGAUACCGUCAUGGUUGAAGUCGGAAUGCUUGCCAGUAAAUAUCCAGAUAUCAGGUAAGAGGAAAAGAAUUUAUGACCUCACUUCUCGGGUUGCCAACACAGAACCACCCUAUGUAGAUCUCCUCAGAUGUAAUUGGGGCUUACAUAGAAUUGUUCAUUCAGUUUCUUGGACAGGUUCCUCAUCCCUGAGCCUCACCAGUUUGCCUUCUGUGAAAUGGGUAUUUUAUUGUGCUUUGUGAGGUCCAGUGUGCAUGUUGGGUUGGGUUUGCGCCCCAUGGCAGCCAUUUUGUGGUGGUGCCCAAAUGUACCCAGGGGCCUCAAAAGGUUGGCAACUCCUGGGUUACUUGGAAACUUUGAGCCAGUGUGGCAGCAGUGCCACACUUGGGUAAGAUAGCUGGUUGCUGACUUUGAGCCACUGCCUCAGCACCACCCCCAUGAAAUAAGACACCACAGAUUUGGUAAACUUGAGUAGUAUAAUCCAGCUAGGACGUUUUUGCAGCAGGCAGACAUAACUGCUGAUAUAAUCACAUGCCUGCCAUCUUCACAGAGCAGGCAUAGGCAAACUCGGCCCUCCAGAUGUUUUGAGACUACAAUUCCCAUCAUCCCUGACCACUGGUCCUGUUAGCUAGGGAUGAUGGGAGUUGUAGUCCCAAAACAUCUGGAGGUCUAGAGCAGUGAAAGCAUGAGAUUGCUCCCUCAACAAACGCUUCUCGCUUCUCUCGCUUCUUCCAGACAUAGCCUGGCGAAGCCUAAAUUAGGCCAUAUGUUCACUAUAGCACCUUUAAAGCACAAUCAUACCUUUUUUGUAAUGUUUUUAUUUAUUUUUCAUGGUACAGGCGAUACAUUUUGAGAAAGCAAUUGUUACAACAGUAAACAACAAAUAACUUGCCCUGAUAAAAUUACAGACUUUUGUCAUGCUGUGUAAUAAAGUUUUGUUUGAUUGGUCUAAGAGAUCACGCCACAUUUUCCCAUGAGUGUUGGGUGGAUUCCUGCCUCCGUCUGAACAAUUUACGUAUUCAAUAAACAUUCGCCACAUGUUAUAAAAGGAAAAGGGGUUGUGUCUUCCCUUUGCCACUCUGGCCUGGCUUAUUAAUUUCCCAGUCAAUGCUGUUGACCGUACUCUAGUAUCUGUGUCCAGCCCAAUGCCAGUUUUGCAACAUCUAGCAGCAGUCAUGGUUUCCCCCAAAGAAUUCUGGGAAUUGUAGCUGCUGAGAGUUGCUAGGCGACCCCUAUUACCUUCACAGAGGUACAAUUCCCAGUUUAACAAUCAAUCCCUCUUCCCAGGGAACUCUGGGAAUUGCAGCUCUGUGGAAGCUAUGUCUAUUUAAAGUGGUAUCACAGUGCUUUAGCUGCAGGUUGGGAAUCUAUUCCCACUUCAAUGAAACACUUCCACACCUGGCAUUUUGCUGGCGAAUUGAUCUAAAUUAGAGUGCCAAUCCCUCCCAUCCCAUGCAUUAAAAGGGUGCCUCUCAUACUGAUUGCCACUAGUCCUCAUGAGUACAGGAGCACAGGAGGCAGAGUUAAUGUCAAGAGAACUGCAAUGUUGGCUGUAAACUCCCCCAACAGGAAAUACCUGUUGAACAACAAGGUCCUUCCUCUUUUAGUCACAUCCCGUCACUUGCUGCCUUUCCUGCUAGGAAAGACAUGUAGAAACACUAUUCGAUACGUGUAUCUUUUAAUAUUCUCAUCUGCAGGGCAACCAAAUUGAUCAAGGGGGUAGAUUAACUUCCCUAUGAGGAAAAGUUGCAGAGUUCUGGUUUCCCCAGCCACUCUGGGCGGCUCCCAACAUAAUAUUAAAAACAUGAUGAAACAUCACACAUUAAAAACUUCCCUAAACAGGGCUGCCUUCAGAUAUCUACUCAAAGUCAGAUAGUUGUUUUUCCUUGACAUCUGAAGAGGGGGCGCCACUACCAAGAAGGCCCUGCAACUGCACUUGACGCAGUGAGGGAGCUGCCAGAAGGCCCUCAGUGCUGGACCUCAGUGUCCGGGCUGAACGAUGGGGGUGGAGAUGCUCCUUCAGGUAUACUGGACCAAGGCCAUUUAGGGCUUUAAAGGUCAGCACCAACACUUUGAAUUGUGCUCGGAAACGUACUGGGAGCCAAUGUAGGUCUUUCAGAACCGGUAUUAUAUGGUCUUGGCGGCCUACGUGCAAACUUCCCACAGGUAUCUUGGUCAGCCCCUGUGGGAACAGAAUACUGAAGUAGAUCGGCCAUUGGCCUGAUUCCUGUAGCCUCUUCUUAGGUUCUUAGAUAAAUCAGGGACAGUAGUCGAGUUCAGAGAGUUGGGAGUCUCAGAUUUGCUCUCUUUUGUUGAAUAUUUCUACUGCCUCUAUGUUGCUGUAUCCUUUCAAAUUCUGACGCUCCGUGUUUCCUCUUUGACAGCAAGGAGCACCUCUCCGCCAUCUUGUACAUCAAAGGAAACUUGUCCCGCAAUGAAACCAGAAACAUCCUGAGUGUGCUGGACAUCGGCAUAACUGCUACCUUGCCCCAUAAACACUUGUUUUCAACAAUCAGGGUGUGAUGAGCUUGCCUAUUGCCUCUUGCUUGACUCAAACAGCUGCCAUUCAUGGGAGACCUGAAUUCAGCUCCAGCCUCCUUCCAGACUCAGCCACAUAGUUCAAAAACCAACCCUGGGUCCUAGUUUUGGGAAAAGCGGCUUGAUCUUUACGCUGCUACCAGAAUGCCAGGAUAAAAUGGAAGUUGGCUUAGAGGUCCCACCAGAUUCAAGGGCCUGUGAAGUCUCCAGCAUUUCCUCUGCCGCCUCAGUUUUCCCCAUCUCGAAAAUGGGAUGGAAUCUCUGUCAGGCUACCUCACUUGGGUGGUGCUGGUGUGAUGCCAAAGGGAAGCCUUCGCUUACUGUUCCUUGUUAAAGCACUUGACAGAAAAGCACAGUAACUCUUUGCACAUGUUUCUUCCUUAAAGGGGAAUAGAAAGAAUCCUUUGUAAAAUGGAUGGAGGAAAAUGGAAAAGUCCUCAAAAUGUAAAUAGCUCUUGGAAUGUGGUCUUGGGUUUUUUUAUUAAAAACAAAAUGAAGUAGAAACUCCCAAAAGCUGCUUCUUCAGUGAAAAGCCCUUUUGGGCUCUAGGUAGAUGACUGUGAAAACCACAUGUAAAAUUGCAAUGUUUUGCUCGAUAGUUUGUAUUGAUAACGUACUAGCAUCUUAAUGACAGUCUGUGUGAUAUCAGGAUUGCUGUUGGUGUGGCUUAGGGAUUAGAUGCUACACUUGGAACUGGGUUCAAGUUUCUGCUUCGGCCACAAACGAUGGUUUUCAGGCAAGACACCCUGUCCCAGCCUCUCUUUUUUCUUUUUCUUUUUGAAUUUCAUUUCUCUUUUUUUAACCUUUCUGUAAACCACUUUGAUGGCGUCAGUCUGUGGAGCAGUUUGUAAAUAAGAUAAACAGCCAGCCUCACAAGGUUAUUGCCAUAAAAUCAAUGAAGUAUUUUCAUUUACGCUGCCUUGAGCUGCUUGGAACAAGCAGGAUACAAAUGUUAAUAAUAAUAAUAUUAAUAUUAAUAAUAAUAAUAUUGUUAAUGUAUCUAUAAAACGAUUGUAAAUAUGCCACUGUACAGAUGUUGCUUCAAUGUUUGCUUGUCAGUCUCCUGGUCCAUAGUGAUUGUUUUGCUAUCCAGUGGUUGUCUGUUUUUUUAGUUAAAGCAUCCCAUGUUGUCAUUGUAUACCGAGUUGUACAAAAUAAAGAUGCACUUAUAAUAUUUAGUAAAGGUGUCGUUGAUCUCUUCCCAUCCUCCAGCUUUUAGGAGCAUGUUUUGAAAGCCAAGGGUUAGAAUUUGCCCCCUAGAGAAAGUGGAAAGCAAGAACAGAGACGUGGUUAAUGCUAGAAGUAAGCCAGGAAAGGGAAAAAAGUCUGGAAGCUAAAAUUUGAAGACAGGGCAGGUCCUACUGUUGGGUAACAUGGGACCAAAAUUUUUGGGAUGCCAUUAAAUCAUGGAUUUUUACCCUUUAGGGAGACCAGAGUAUUUGCUACCCACCAACGUCAAGGGGAUUUCUUUCUCUUUAAUGCUGCCCACCAGAUCACAGUUUGCUGGGAUGUUUUUGCCUCUGCGCAUGGGUCUGAGAAUGUUCUGAACAGUUCACAUUGAGUUCAUGAAACAUCACACCCUGACCUGUUCUUAAUGCAUUGUUGACCACAUCUACGGACUGCGAUUGUUAUGUUCUUUCAAGUCAUGCAAUAUCAAUCACUAGUAACCAUGUGUUCCCUUUCCCAACCCUCAGGAUUAAUGCCCUUGCAUUGUACAGUGGUGCCCCGCAAGACGAAUGCCUCGCAAGACGGAAAACCCGCUAGACGAAAGGGUUUUCCGUUUUGGAGGUGCUUCGCAAAACGAAUUUCCUAUGGGCUUGCUUCGCAAGACGAAAAUGUCUUGCGAGUUCCUGCAGGGUUUUUUUCCUUUCCCCCCCUUUUUCCCAAGCCGCUAAGCCGCUUAUCAGCUGAUCCUAAGCCGCUAAGCCGCUUAACAGCUGAUCCGUUAAGCCGCUUAUAGCUGAUCCGCUAAGCCGCUUAACAGCUGAUCCGCUAAGCCGCUUAUCAGCUGAUCCGCUAAGCCGCUUAACAGCUGAUCCGCUAAGCCGCUAAUAGCGCUGAUCCGCUAAGCCACUAAUGGGCUUGCUUCGCAAGACGGAAAAAACCGCAAGACGAAGAGACUCGCGGAACGGAUUCUUUUCUUCUUGCGAGGCACCACUGUAUUCAUGUUAACCAAUCAGCAACAAGCACAUAUGUGGUAAUGCUGUAAUAGUCAGUAAAAGGGACUCUCCGAGACAUGCUCAAGAGAUGCCUCGCGUAUGACA